CAGCUCCAACCAUGGCGAUGAAAACCCUCACCCCCGGGAGCCACCGGCUGCCGCGGCCGCAGCUGCACAGCGUGCGGUUCACCAACGACGACGUCCACUCGCUAGAGCCCCUGUACCCUGCACCACGGAGGGAGAAGAGGGAGUACCAAGAGUCUCAGCAGAGCAGCCUGCCGGCGUCCACCAGCUCGUGUCCUGGCGGGGACUCCGGCGCCGGCAGCCCCGACUCGCAGGAGUACCAGCCGGCGCAGCUGCGCUACAAUAUUAAUGAGCAACGCAUCAAGCUGCUGACGGCUAUCAACCAGAUAGUGCAGCAGCGGGCGGACCUGGAGCAGAACAAGGCGACCCUCUCCUCUCUUCUAGAAGAGCUGCGGAGGAAGCUGAAGCGCCGCGUCGAGGAGUGCCAGAGCGACAAGAAGGAUAAGUUGAAGAUGCUAAAGCAAUCCAACCUGAAGCUGGAGCGCGAGAGGUCCUCGCUGGUGCACGAGCUCGAGCACCUCGGCCGCCAUCUUGAGAAGGAGGAGUCUCAUCACGUACAGCACGCCAGGACAGUUGUGGCUCAGGCAAUCCAAGGAGUGGCUAAGGGCACGGGCAACAACGACGCGCUGUUCGCGCCGUGCUCGCUGGCCAACCUGCCGGCCGCCGUGUGCCGGAGUGUUGCCAAGAACGCACCUUCGCGGGUCGCAGACAACAAGCUGGCAGCGGCCAGGCUGAUGCGCGACAUCGCCGAGCUGCGGCAGCGGGUGGGACAGGUGGAGACCAGGCUCACCAACGAGCUCAAGCGUAAGAGGCAGGCUGAGCUCGACAUUGUGCGACUGAGGAAGGAGCUGUCCACCACCAAGAGUAGCGUGGCGUCGCUGCGCCUGCCGCCGCCGUCUUACCGGAACCAGUGCUCCAAGUUUGCCUGAAGCAAAGAGUUUUAAAGAGAGGCCUGAAUACAAGAUUUAGUCUGAGGAGGGGUAAUAUGACGCCAUAUUGGGUGAAUUUGUAAGCGGAGAGGCAUGAUAAAAUUGUACUUGCCGAGAAAACAAACUUGAUUUUUAUUUAUGGCUUUAAUAUAUUUUUAACCUGUAUACUUUAGAAGCUAUUUACCUAGUUACCUAACAUUACAAACAUUAUACUUACUUAAA